CGUACUUGAAAAUCUCCAAGGAUUUGUUUGUUCUUUAUUUGUAGAUGUUGAAUUGUGUCCUGCCCUGCUUAUUCUCAGAAAUUCUUUUGUAGUCUGUUGCAAGACACGGAGAUAAAGGACAUUGAAUACAACCGUGAGUGCCUGCCAAUGGCAUAAAUUCUUACUCAUUGCACCCCUUUGUCAAACAAUAUUAGUAAGUACUAAAGAAUGUGAACUCCUUCAGUAGUCUGUAUUCCAGCUUUUAAUAUCAUUUAGUCGCUGCUGGUUUCCCUUACCUUGACAUACGGAAACAUUUUAGGCUUUUAGAAACAACGUUUGGAUAGCCAUACGGAAGUUUAACUUGAAGACAGGAACAAUUUUUGAAGUCAUACAUCGAAAUAGAGCUGAUGGAAAAUCCAUUUUAUCAAGACGCACCUAGUCACGAAAUUGAUUUCUUUGGAAGUCAGGGGCAAAAGUCCUCUUUUGCUACGGCAGGCAAGCAGAUGGAAGAUUCAAUAUAUAUUGCUCCAAACAUCCCAGCGCCCGACUAUGAAAAUUCGAAAAGCAAUUAUUCUUGCUCGCUGAGUAGCAGAACUAUAGUGGAUAGUCACUUUGGGCAUGAGUAUAAUUCUCUGUGCUUCAAUUCUGAUUAUGAGACGCCACGGAAGGGGACGGCGGUGUAUGCAGAAAUACCAGAGCCCGAUUAUUAUGAUGAUACAGCGAGCGCUCCAAUUCCAAGCAAGAGCCCUUUCGGCAAUUUUUCUUAUAGUACCAUAAAUACCCCAGCACCUCUUAUUUCUUAUUAUAAAAGGUGCUCAAGCAAUGACAUUUUACCUGAUUCUCCAGAAAAUCAUGGAAUUGGAACGCUUCUCAUUAGAUCCUUAGUUACAAUCUGCAUUAUGGUUUGGAAAGUAUCCGCAGUAUGUCUUCUCACCGUUUCUAUCAUAAGAGUGUGUGAUAACGGUAUACAGUAUCUCUGGACCACAACUCAAGGACAUGUGAUCAUCUCGUUAACCAUAUUUUUAGUUUUAUCGUUCCUCCUUUAUAUGUUGAGAUCUUGCUGUAAGAGGAAUCGUACUGUCAAUCGAACACCAGUUUUCUUAUAAAUCUGUGAAACAUCUGUAAAUAAAGCCAAGUAACUAAUAAGUGUGUA